AUGUCAGCUGAAAUCAAAUUCAUUCGUACAAAAAGCUCACUCGUCGAUAUCUGCGCUCAAAAGCUUCUCACCUGUCUGCUUCUCGGGCUCAAGGAUGCAUUGAUGAGAAGCCCUUGCCCAAACGAAUUCAACAAUGCCAAAUCAACUAUAGACCAUGUCUAUCGGAACUGGAGGAUGGGAAGUUCUUUGGUCACGAAAGUGGUGGAUAUGUUCGUAGACACCGGUCUGGGAACACAUACAGAGGCUUUGCUCUGCGUGGUUCCCGCGUUGAGGAGUCAAUUCCCUACUGAUACCCUUGAGCUCAAGGCUUUGGGUGUCCUUGCAUUGAACGGAAGUAGAAAAUCAGGCGUGGAGCUCGAAUUUGUAAGUGCGAGUAUUGAGUCUCGUCUGAACACUCGUUCAAUCAGCCCCUUCCUACGGCUCCUAUGUGAUGAUCUACAAUUACUUCACCCUACACAACAACAUAUAUCCCAACUGUUGAUCUUCUCAAGUUUGUACGAGCAACGCAAGUCUAUUAUAAGCUACAGAGCCGACAUCAAAACUAUACUUAAAGACUACAACGAAUUCCUCGACCAGCUCAAGAUUUUGAACCAACAAGCCGUCAUUCAUGACAAAGCCGUGCAUUCUACCCUUGACGCUACCAAACCAGUAGUCUCUCUGGAGUCGAACAAUCUGUAUAGCGUAUUGUGUUUUCUGGCGAAAGCAACCACAGCCGAGUUUGGGGCAGAAAAGAGCUUGCCAUCUUCAAAGGAGAUGUCUAAUGCUUUGAUAGUAGCUGCGAGGCAAGGUUCAGUUGGCGUGCUUUGCAUUCUAAUGAAUCUUGGCCUCGAUCCGAACCAGGCUGGGGACGGAGCUAAAUCAACUCUUGACGUCUGUCUCGAACAUGGUCACGAAGUCUGCGCACGAGUUCUGACCAGCUUUGGAGCUUCCGUACGCAUGCCAGGGGACCAGGGACUGGUCCUAUUAUAUGCGGCUAUUCGAAGGGACCAAACGGCGCAAGUCGACCUGUUUAACACGGCACUUCACCUUACUGUCAAAUGGCCGGCUACCCUGGAAAUCCUCAUCUCGGACGACAAUAUACAUCCCAAUACUGAAGUGAAGAACGGUGCGGGCCAUACGCCCUUAUGCAAGGCUGUUUGCGAAGGCCAGUAUGAAUCAACGACCUUGCUUCUGGAAAGAGGGGCUUCCCCGGAACUCAUCGGCCGUGGACAGAGGCCCAUGGACUGUGCGAUUCACAACAAGGAUGAGUAG